AUGGAGUCCCAGCUUAACGACAUGGCUUUUCUCGCACCUCACCCAGGCCAUUUCCUGGGCGACGUCACCGCUGUACCGCACAUCAUCACCGCGUCUGCAAAACUGGACGACGAUAGUGUGCCAGCGGCCCCGUCCUCAAGACCCUUCCUAGGGGACCUUGGCCAACUCCCGACUGAGAUACUAAUCCAUAUCGUAUCAUUGCUCGACGUCUGUUCCCUUGUCGACUUCCGCCACAUUAACCAGCAUUAUCUAGAGUUCGUAGACUCCUUGCCCGACUUCCAGACCGUCAAGGCCUUUCCGAAACUACUGAGCGCCAUCCUGCGGCUCCAAUGCCGCUAUCCAGGCCUCGACGCGCUCAUGGCCUGUAUCCACGAUCCGCUGUGCAGCAACUGCAAGCACCAUGGGGAUUACUUGUACCUACUGACCGCCGAGCGCCUCUGCUACUUCUGCUUCCGCGAGACGCCGGCCUACGUACCGAUGGUCAUCGGCCCCGAGUCACUCCAAGGCAACAUCGCAAGCGCUGUCAUCCUACCAGGCAUUUAUGGCAUGCACGGCCAAGGAAGGGUGCGGCAACCCCAAUUGGUAGCUGACAGGCGCGCCGUCCUACGUCAACACCCCCACCUAGCGGAAGCCAGCAAGGACGCCGAAAGCGAGCGACAGGAGCUGAUGCGGCAGAACGGCCAUUCCAAGCGCUUCUCCCAGAAGUACUGGCCUUUAUUCCAGCGGUACACCGUCGUAAUCAAGGCGCCAUACGUCAUCACGUCGACAGGGCGCUUCGAAGAGGGCGCUAUGUGCCGGGCAUGCGCUGGGACGGGAGUGAUCCAGCACCUCGGUGUAUGGCCUACAAGGCCCGCUUUCUGGGGACACCCCUUUCGCCGUUACACGGAGCCGGGCUUCAGGCAGCAUCUGGAGGAGUUCGGGGAGGUUCUGAAGACCGGGGAUGGGUCAUAUAUUCAUGCGUCGGAAUCGGAGGCGCAGUAUGAGUUGCCGUGUGAGUACUUGUUCGCCCGGAGUUAUAACAAGGCGUAUAAGGAUGGGGUGUCGCCCCAUGAGGCGCUGCCUUUGGAGAGGACGAUUGGUAAGAAGGUCUGGGUGCCGAUAUUGACGCCUUGGUCAUAG